AUGAGACAACAUCAAAUUUCAACAUUGUGCAUUAUCGUUGGCGUGUUGCUAGGGCUUUACGUGGUAAAUGGAGAAAGGAUAUUUAAACGGUCUCCCUUGUUAUAUUCAGGGGACCGUGAACGACUUGACGAUGAUCUUUUGAAAGUCACCAAAGCAUCACCGAAAACCAUCUCCAGAACCGCUACAUCGUCCGUAUCAUUCGCGUCAUCUCUACCGACGCUACCGACAGUCGCAAAUUCACUCCCUGUUUCUUCCUGCCCAGCCCCAUUCAUACCUGAUCCCUCUCCAUCUCUCAAAAAACCAACUUGUGCCAAUGGGUGUUGCCUUGCCUGCCCAUACGCCAACAACUUCUACCCCCCAAAUACGAUCGAUAAUAUUUAUACUGCAUUGAGUGGUUUCCGUGUUGUCUCCUUUAUCUGUGUUUUCAUAAUAUUACUUAGCUACUUGGUGUUGCCUAAUAAACGGGAACAACAAUCAAUUACGGUCCUUUGUCUUAAUUUUAGUUUACUGAUCUUUUUAUCCGUGACAUUUUUCUACAUCGGGGAUCAUCGAAAGGUGCAAUGUGUAGAUGAGUACACGCAGUCAAAUAUGAUCAAUAAUCCAUUAUGUGAAUUUCAAGGAAUAAUCUUAAUUUUUUCAACCUUCACCACAAUUCUCUAUUGUUUCCUUCUUAUCAUCCAGUUGCAUCUCCAAACCGUCUGGCGAUGCAACAUCAUACAACAAUAUUAUACGAUCACCCAAUGCCUCGUAGUCGUCGUUUCUUUAAUAUUUACUAUCCUCCCGACGAUCACUCAACAAAUCUCAUUUGAAUUUGGGGCCGUAUGCUUGGUGUCAAUGAAAAUGAUUAAUCAAUAUUUCUGGUAUCCACUGGCGAUUAUUGUGAUACCAGGCUUCUUUAUACACAUAUGGACUUUUGCUUACAUUGCCAAAUCCCAGUGUUUGAUGAAUGAUGAUUUCGAUUCGGAAGAUACCUUAUGCGAAAGUCCUCCCUCAAUCUCAGUUCAAUCUAUCAAAAGUGUUUCUGGAAAGGAUGUGGUCAACUCUAUAAAGGUUCAGUGGAGGGCGUUAGUGCUAUCCAUGGUGUUUUUGUUAACUUUCAUUAUCUAUUGGGUAUACAUUUAUGUCGUUAAAGUCAAACUCUCGCCACUCCUAAAUUCACAAAAAUCUGCAUGGUUAAACAAAUGGUUUUUAUGUGUCAUGACUGUCAGCAACACAAACAGUACCAUUAACGCCCAGGAUUAUUGUUAUUCGACAGUCUCCUCGAAUUACGUUCCUAGCAUUUUAUUCAUAUGCCUGGCCGAGUCAUUAACCGCAAUAUUAGGUUUGAGUAUAUUUGUGGUGUUUGGAACAAGUAUAAAUCUGUGGAAUGAAUGGAGAGCCUGGUUUCGGGGCCGGUAUGGAGGUGUGUACAGGGGAUGA